AGAGAGAGAGAGAGAGAGAGAGAGAGAGAGAGAGAAAACAGAAUGCUGAGUGUUAUAUAAAAGUGAUAGUCAAGGAUAGGAAGAGAGUGUGUUUUUUUCAUUUCGGCUUUUGGUUUAAACUUUUAGCUUUAAAACUUUUUUCUUAAAAAAAAAAAAAAAACUCGUAAUGGAGCAAGUAAAAAUGCAACUGUUCUUGCUGAUUGUCCUGGUAUUAGGCAUAAAAGCCCCAGUGGUUCAGGGGUGUACCUGUUUACCAGCACAUUUGCAAGAUCAUUUCUGCCAUUCUCAAAUAGUGAUCCGUGCUAAGAUAAUCGGACAGAAGACUGCAACUCAGAGCAUGCGCUUAUAUGGGGCAAAGACGAUUGAGUACAAAAUUAAAUUGAUCAAGACGUUCAAGGGCUUUGACAAGGUUGAUAAUAUUCAGUACGUCUAUACCCCUUUUGAUGAUUCUUUGUGUGGGGUUAGGCUGGAUGCCGAAAACAAGGUUCAGUAUUUGCUUUCAGGAUAUUUGUGGAAUGAAAAAGUCAUGAUUGAACUAUGUGGCGUCAAUGAGCUUUGGGAAAAUCUCUCACUGUCUCAGAAAAAAAACCUAAAGUACAGAUACCAAAAAGGAUGCGAGUGCCAAAUUAGAGACUGUUACACUUCGACCUGCCGGGCCACGUCUGCAAAUGAAUGCGUGUGGUAUCCAUUCAGCAGAGAAUCUCUCCAAGGUGUGUGCAUGAAACGGACCAAUGGUUCAUGCAACUGGUAUACUGAAAAGUCUGACAAUGUCAGACAAAAUGGUAUGGGAGAGACUUCUAUGUGAGUGCUAGAGGUCAGCGAACACAAACCCACAGAAACACUGCAAUAAAUGUGUUCACAAAGCUUCGAUUUAUAAAACCAACCAAUCAUCCUGCCCUUAACUAUUUAUAAAUGUUUAUACUUGGCUAUGGUAAAUUCCUAUACAUUUACUUAAAUGUGACACUCUCUGCAUUUAAGUAGGAUACAAUAAUUUAUGCAACUGAAACUCCUAGUCAACAUUACAGUCAACUUCAGGAGCAGAUUAAGGGAAAACUUACCUAAAAGGCAUACAUUUUUUUUUGCUAGUAAACAAAAUUCUGUUAAAAAUAAUCUGGCAGUUGCAGUCCCCUGGACACCCGUGUGAUGAGGACAAUACAACACAAUAGAAUACUAUUUGUGCAUGCUAAUGAUCACUUUAAACAAUGGCCAAUGGCAAAAAUUAAGAUUAUGAAGUAAUUUGACUUCUUAUAUUACAGUGGAUUUAACCUGCCUAUAAAAUAAAAAAAAUUCAAUUAAAUAAAUUUGUAUAGCACUUUUAACAGUGGACAUUAUAAAAUGUUGGACUUCAUUGGAAGCAAACUCCUCAUACACUACACACUGUAAAAUAAUUAUAUACCAUAUAGUAUUUUCUACUGAUAUACUGUAUAAUGCUGUGUGAAAUUAUCACACCAUUCUGCAAAAUAAUGACUCACACUGGUAACUAUCACUCAAAAGUUUUUCCACAGAAGCUAUUCAUAAUGUAUUUACAAUGACAUACUAACAUAAAUUCUUCUUAUGUGAAACUUUUAAUCAUUUGGAAAAAAAACCCACAGAUAAUAUAAAAUACUUCUAAACAGAAUAUCCUUUAUAUACUUUAAAGCAAAAAUAUAAUUAAAAUAGUAAUCUUGGCAAUAAUUAUAAUAAUAAUAAUAAUAACAAUGACUGUUAUUAUUAUUAUUAUUAUUAUUAUUAUUAUUAGCAGUUGCACAUUUAAGCAUUUAAAUCACAUAAUGGAGCUAUAUCCUGCCUUUAAAUAAUCUCAAAGCUUGUUAAUAAAAUCAACAUUAUAUCAGUGUGUACAAGCACAGGCAUGUGCAGAAAUUUAAUACUUAUUGCAUGUGAGGCAUAUUUUGUUCAUUCCAUAUUUCUAAUUUAUUUUUAUUUUCAAUAUAACAUUUCAUCUAUACAUUUGUUUCAGCUAUUACAGCUAUCGGGAAUAUGGCUUCAAAUUUAUAAAACCUUUUGUCAUUUUUUAUGCUGUGGGAAUGUGUUUGAAUGCUUAAAAAUGUAAAUAGGUGGAAUUCCAAACUUCCUUUUAAUUCAGUGGAAAGGAUUUGAAUUUAAAUCACAUAAUGCCUCAUUUUACUAAAACUACAAUAUUUUUUUUAUAUGCGGAUACAGAGGACUUUUUCUGUACAUCCCUCUAGAUGUCUAUUGCACAGUGUACACAGUACCAGUCUCAUUACAGUGCUGAUAAAUGUAUUUUUUUUUUAAAUAUAUAUUCUAUUUUACUGUGCCAAGAAUAUGCAAAAUGUCAAUAAAAAAUCAGCCUGUU